CAUAAACAUGAAUAUUAUUCACACAUAUAUAAGUGUAAUUCAUAUUGCAAAGUAUGGGAUGGAAGGAAUAGUUUCAAGAAGAGGGGAUGUGUACAGUUUUGGAAUUGUAGUAAUGGAAACAUUCACAAGAAGGAAGCCAACAGAUGAGAUGUUUGUUGGGGAAAUGAAUUUAAAGCAAUGGAUUGCAAACUCACUAUUGUUACCAGAUGCAAAGAUAGAUGAAGUCGUGGAUGCCAAUUUGCUUGGGAUUGCGACAGAGCAGGAAGACGAUGAUCAUGUGAGGAAGAGGGAUUGCUUAUCAGCCAUUAUGAGAUUAGCUCUUGCUUACUGUACAGAAUCACCAGAAGAGAGGAUAAGUAUGAAAGAAGCUGUAGCCACACUCAACAAAAUCAAGAGAAAGUUUUUUAAGGAUGCUGUUGGACAUGUGGUGUUAAACUGUCCUCUUGUUCAGCGCUUUACGUAAUGGAUCCUAUCCUAUGACAUAUAUUUCAUGCACUUUGAUUCAAUUUCAGUGUUAUUAUUUCUUUUUAUACAAGUGAUAUUGGGGGAGAGGGAA